AUGUCGGACAUCACUCCGAAAACAAACUAUAAGGUGGCCGUGUUGAUCUAUGAAGGAGUAAAUGUCCUCGACUUCACAGGUCCGAUGCAAGUUUUAUCUCAUGCUUCUCAUGAUUACGAAACGGGGGAGCCAUAUCUAGAACCUAUAUUCGAGACCAAAACUAUCGCUCAAGAUUCGGUGAUCCACACGGCGAACUCUUUAACCAUCGAACCUGAUAUCACACUGGAAGAUGCGAGAGACAAGAUCACAGAAUUUGAUAUCCUGAUUAUACCCGGUGCUUCUAUGUCCAGUGUUCAACCUUUGAUUGAUAAUAAAGCCUCGCCGGAAGUAGAUCUGAUUCGCUGUUAUACAGCGCCCGAGUAUAAGAGACCUCGUAUGCUCCUCUCAGUGUCUACCGGGGCCUUUCUUUUGUGUGCCGCAGGUAUUCUUCCGGGGUUGACCGUGACAACCCACUAUCAAGCUUUGAAUACGUUGAAGGAGUCAUGUUGCGGCAAUGAAUCGAAGCAAACGCAGGCACUGACGAAAGUGAUCCAUCGACGGUUUGUUGAUGCGGGAGUUUUACAAGGAACAAAUGUCCGGAUAAUAACGGCUGGAGGAAUUAGUGCGAGCAUCGAUGCCGCAUUUUACAUUUUGUGCAAAAUACUCAACCCUCACGCAGCGUCGCGUGUCUCUCGCGCUAUGGAGUAUGGAUGGACAGAGCAGGAUGUGGACUCGCCAUUACGUUCCAUUGCUUCUUAG